AUGGGUGGCCAAAGAAGUGGUUAUGGUAAGCGCCCUCACUCUCAAUCUGACUAUGAUAAUGGGCCAAAUAAAAGGAGGAAUCAUGGCGAGGACAGAGAGCAGUUUGUGAUUGAUUCGGAAGACACGGUUUUUCGAUAUGUGUGCCCCGGUAGAAAGAUUGGCAGUGUUAUUGGUAGGGGAGGUGAGAUUGUUAAGCAACUGCGGGUGGAGACUAAGGCCAAGAUUCGGAUUGGUGAGACUGUUCCAGGUUGCGAAGAGCGUGUUGUUACUAUUUAUAGUCCCAGUGAUGAGACUAAUUCCGUUGAGGGUGGUGGGAAUUAUGUCUCACCGGCUCAGGAUGCUCUGUUUAAGGUGCAUGACAGAGUGGUUGCUGAGGACUUGCAUGGUGAUCAGGAUGAUGAUGGAGGUAACCAGGUGACUGCUAAGCUGCUGGUGCCAUCUGAUCAGAUAGGUUGUGUUAUUGGAAAAGGCGGGCAGAUAGUUCAGAACAUUCGUAGCGAGACUGGGGCUCAGAUUCGGAUACUCAAGGAUGAUCAUUUACCUUUGUGCGCCUUGAGCUCUGAUGAGCUUGUGCAGAUUACUGGGGAUGCAUCAGUUGUGAAAAAGGCUCUGCAUCAAAUAGCAUCUCGACUUCAUGAUAACCCUUCACGAACUCAGCAUCUUCUUACUUCUGCUGUUCCUGGUGUAUAUCCAGCUGGUGGUUCACUCAUUGGUCCAACUCCAGGAGCUCCAAUUGUGGGAAUAGCUCCUCUUGUUGGUGCUUAUGGGGGAUAUAAAGGUGACACCGGUGACUGGCCACCGCGGUCCAUGUACUCAGCUCCAAGGGAUGAAGCAUCUUCAAAGGAAUUUUCAGUUCGAUUAGUUUGCCCAACAGGAAACAUUGGAGGAGUAAUAGGAAAAGGUGGUAUGAUAAUAAAUCAAAUUAGGCAGGAAUCUGGGGCAACAAUCAAAGUUGAUAGUUCAACAACAGAGGGAGAGGAAUGCUUAAUCGCCAUUUCAACAAAAGAGUUCUUUGAAGAGACUUUCUCUCCAACAAUAGAAGCAGCUGUGCGGCUGCAACCUCGAUGCAGUGAGAAGGUUGAAAGAGAUUCAGGAAUCAUCUCUUUCACAACCCGUCUUCUUGUAUCAACCUCACGAAUUGGUUGCCUUAUUGGUAAAGGGGGAUCUAUCAUAACUGAGAUGAGGAGGCUUACAAAAGCUAACAUUCGCAUUAUCUCAAAGGAAAAUCUUCCUAAGAUUGCAUCUGAAGAUGAUGAAAUGGUGCAGAUUUCAGGAGACCUUGAUGUCGCCAAGGAGGCUCUAGUACAUGUACUUACACGGUUGAGAGCAAAUAUUUUUGAUAGGGAGGGUGCUCUCUCUGCAUUCCUUCCAGUUAUGCCAUAUCUGCCUGUUUCAGCAGACGGAUCAGAUGGCCUGAACUAUGAUGGUAGAGAUGGUAAAAGAAAUGGACGAGGACAUUCGUAUUCAAGUGGGUAUGGAGGCUCUAGUGAUUUAACAGGUGGUGACGUUUAUGGAAGCUAUGGUGGUUCACAGCUUGGAAGUAGCAGUGCUUAUGGGGCUUAUGGAAGUUAUUCAUUGGGACGUUCUAGUACUGCUGGGUUGUCGAGUCAGAGUGGUGUUUCUAGGAGGAGAAACCAUGCUUACUAA